CUUCCGGCCGCGGGGGAGCGGCGGCGGCGCAGAAGGCCGGACCUGGGCGCGGAGGGACAGGGACAGACGGGCGCAGGGCCGGGCGAGCCGGGAGUCAUGGAGCGCGGCCCGGAGGCCGGGGAGCGCGGGCCGGGCCGGCUUUUCCUCAGCAGAACAUGGACAUGUGUAGCUGACAGGCUCCUGGGGGCUCGACUUGGACCGCGAUGGGGCUGGGCUGUGGCCCCCUGACGGGGCUCUCAUCUGGGGCGGUGGCCGGGGGCUGCCCUCCCCUCUGUCCUGGUCUCGGAGCACCCCAAUUGUCCGUCCUGAGCUGUGCGCAGCCCGUCCUGGGGCCCGGUGCCCGCCAUGAACGGCCUGUCUGUGACCGAGCUAUGUUGUCUGUUCUGCUGCCCGCCGUGCCCCGGCCGCAUCGCCGCCAAGCUCGCCUUCCUGCCGCCUGAGCCCACCUACUCUCUCCUGCCUGAGCCUGAGCAGGCCCCCGGGGGUGGGGGUGCCACCUCCACCUCAGCGAGCUCCCUGCGCUCCUCGGGCAGCAACCCAGGCCGCUGGAAGCUGCACCUGCUGGAUCGUGCUGAAUUCCAGUAUAGCCAGCGUGAGCUGGACACCAUCGAGGUCUUCCUGACCAAGAGCAGCCGCGGCAACCGUAUUGCCUGCAUGUACGUGCGCUGUGUGCCCAGCGCCAGGUACACGGUGCUUUUCUCACACGGCAAUGCCGUGGAUCUGGGCCAGAUGAGCAGCUUUUACCUGGGGCUGGGCUCGCGCAUCGACUGCAACAUAUUUUCAUAUGAUUAUUCGGGCUACGGCGGCAGCUCGGGCCGGCCCUCUGAGAAAAACCUCUACGCUGACAUCGACGCCGCCUGGCAAGCGCUGCGCACUCGGUACGGCAUCAGCCCAGACAGCAUCGUCCUGUACGGGCAGAGCAUCGGCACGGUGCCCACGGUGGACCUGGCCUCACGCUACGAGUGCGCGGCGGUGGUGCUGCACUCCCCACUCACGUCGGGCAUGCGGGUCGCCUUCCCCGACACCAAAAAGACCUACUGCUUCGAUGCCUUCCCCAACAUCGAGAAGGUAUCCAAGAUCACUUCUCCGGUACUCAUCAUCCACGGCACGGAGGACGAGGUGAUCGACUUCUCCCACGGCCUGGCCCUCUACGAACGCUGCCCCAAGGCCGUGGAGCCGCUGUGGGUGGAGGGCGCCGGGCACAACGAUAUUGAGCUGUACAGCCAGUACCUGGAUCGCCUGCGCCGCUUCAUCUCCUACGAGCUGCCCAGCCCUCGCGUCUAGGUGGCUUGUGCCCCCCGCCCCCCCAGCACGGUGGCGCCAGCUUUGCGCCCCGUCACGGAGCCCGGACCUCAGCAAUAAGGCGCCCACCGGACCUCGUCCCGCUUCCCCUCUCCCCUUCAGGGGCUGCAUGUGAACCCCCUCCGAUGCCCCCAGGCCCCGCAGGCAGCCUGGCUGGGCAGGUGGGCCAGGACCUAAUCCCUGUCUAAGGGCUGUGGACGAUGUACAGGCGACAGAGCCCCACUUUCCGUUCCUUUGGGAAGCAAAAACAUGAACACGAAUUAAAGGUUUAAAAUUUUAGGGUU